CGCGCUUCCAGUUUUCAGAAAGCCAAAAUGUUAGUGCUGGGUGGAAUCAUUCUUCUGCACGUCACCACCAUCAUCCUGCUCCUGGUGGCCACCAUUGAUAAUGCCUGGUGGAUUACUGACACAGUGUCAACUGACUUGUGGGGCAGAUGGGAGCUGUCUAACAAUUUGUGGCAUUUCACAAACUUGAAAAACUACCCAGAGGAUUAUCUCCAAGCGAUCCAGGCCACCGCUGUGCUCUCCUGCAUUUUUGCCAUUCUGGCCUUGUUUGUGUUUGUGGCCCAACUUUUCACCCUGCCAAAAGGCCAGAGAUUCACCUUCACUGGCAUUCUGCAGCUAAUUGCCUGUCUCUGUAUAAUGAUAGCGGCCUCCAUCUACACUGCCCAGCUCCAUGCCAGUGAAACAGAGGGCGGGUACGGACACUCCUACGUCCUGGCCUGGAUCUCCUUUGUCUUCACUCUAUUCCUAGCUGUGACCUAUCUGGUGCUGCGGAAGAAGAGCGAGUGAGAGGAAAAAGCAACGAGGAAAAAAAACCCCAAUCAGGGCAGGGUUUGGAUUCUUUUGAUUGGAGAUUAGAGAAUGGGCAAAGCCUAAAAUUAGUUUAGAAAAACUUAAUGGAAAAAGAAAUAUGUGCCUUGCAUUCUUUAUUGAUGAGCCAUUUGAUCGUGUUCUGACCUUCUUUUAUAAAAAAAAAAAGUCCAUUAAUCUAAACUGAGAAUGCAGGGUGGUGUUUUGUAAAAAAAAAAAAAAA